AGGAGGAAGAGGCAGGGGGAAGAGCCAGCGCCAGGGACGGCGCCUGCGCGGUGGGCGUGAUCCGGGCACUUAGGGCAGGAUGAACGCUGCUUUCCAAGAUGGCGACGGAGGGAGGAGGGAAGGAGAUGAACGAGAUUAAGACCCAGUUCACCACCCGGGAAGGUCUGUACAAGCUGCUGCCGCACUCGGAGUACAGCCGGCCCAACCGGGUGCCCUUCAACUCGCAAGGAUCCAACCCUGUCCGCGUCUCCUUCGUAAACCUCAACGACCAGUCUGGCAACGGCGACCGCCUCUGCUUCAAUGUGGGCCGGGAGCUCUACUUCUAUAUCUACAAGGGGGUCCGCAAGGCUGCUGACUUGAGUAAACCAAUAGAUAAAAGGAUAUACAAAGGAACACAGCCUACUUGUCAUGACUUCAACCACCUAACAGCCACAGCAGAAAGUGUCUCUCUCCUAGUGGGCUUUUCCGCAGGCCAAGUCCAGCUUAUAGACCCAAUCAAAAAAGAAACUAGCAAACUAUUUAAUGAGGAAAACUCUUGUCAGCACUUGUGGAAGGUGGAUUGGAGUGAAGGAGGAGAGAAUGAAGGUAGCAAGACCAGUGAGAAGGCUCUAGUAACUGUCCAGAGACUAAUAGACAAGUCACGCGUAACCUGUGUCAAAUGGGUUCCUGGUUCGGAAAGCCUUUUCCUAGUAGCCCAUUCAAGUGGGAACAUGUACUUAUAUAAUGUGGAGCACACUUGUGGCACCACAGCCCCCCACUACCAGCUUCUGAAGCAGGGAGAGAGCUUUGCCGUGCACACUUGCAAGAGCAAAUCCACGAGGAACCCUCUCCUUAAGUGGACGGUGGGCGAGGGGGCCCUCAACGAGUUUGCUUUCUCCCCAGAUGGCAAGUUCUUAGCAUGCGUGAGCCAGGACGGGUUUCUGCGGGUGUUCAACUUUGACUCAGUGGAGCUGCACGGUACGAUGAAAAGCUACUUUGGGGGCUUGCUCUGUGUGUGCUGGAGUCCAGAUGGCAAGUACAUUGUGACAGGUGGAGAGGACGACUUGGUGACAGUCUGGUCCUUUGUAGACUGCCGAGUAAUAGCUAGAGGCCACGGGCACAAAUCCUGGGUCAGUGUUGUGGCAUUUGAUCCCUAUACCACUAGUGUAGAAGAAAGUGACCCUAUGGAGUUUAGUGGCAGUGAUGAGGACUUCCAGGACCUUCUUCAUUUUGGCAGAGAUCGAGCAAACAGUACACAAUCCAGGCUGUCCAAACGGAACUCUACAGACAGCCGCCCUGUAAGUGUUACAUACCGGUUUGGUUCAGUGGGCCAGGAUACACAGCUGUGUUUAUGGGACCUUACGGAAGACAUCCUUUUCCCUCACCAACCCCUCUCAAGAGCAAGGACACAUACAAAUGUCAUGAAUGCCACAAGUCCUCCCGCUGGAAGCAAUGGGAACAGUGUCACAACGCCCGGGAACUCAGUACCCCCUCCGUUGCCACGGUCCAACAGCCUUCCCCACUCAGCAGUCGCCAACGCCGGCAGCAAAAGCAGCGUCAUGGAUGGGGCCAUUGCCUCUGGGGUCAGCAAGUUUGCAACUCUUUCACUGCAUGACCGGAAGGAGAGACACCACGAGAAAGACCAUAAGCGGAAUCAUAGCAUGGGACACAUUUCUAGCAAGAGCAGUGACAAACUGAAUCUAGUCACUAAAACCAAAACGGACCCAGCUAAAACUUUGGGGACGCCCUUGUGUCCUCGAAUGGAAGAUGUUCCCUUGUUAGAGCCGCUGAUCUGUAAAAAGAUAGCACAUGAAAGACUGACUGUAUUAAUUUUUCUUGAAGACUGUAUAGUCACUGCUUGUCAGGAGGGAUUUAUUUGCACAUGGGGAAGGCCUGGUAAAGUGGGUUUAUUGUCAUCCCCAAACCAGGCCAGUUCUCCAGGUGGGACUGUAGUGUAGCGACCCCACCGCCGCUCCCAGAGCCCCCGGACACAGGUGGACUGGAGGGAGUGAGGAAGACCUCAACAGAUCCACGAGCUGCGCUGGAGCCACGCAGGUGGCAGGCCUCAGGCAGGCCAGCGGAAGAACGGACGUGCAGAGGAGGUGUGGAUGCCAGGCGGUACGGCACUGUGCCCUCUGCUGCUUACCCAAAGAGUUGCUCCUUUUCUCAAGUCAGUCUCUUGGGGCUGCAGUAAAAAAUAAGAAACAGCGUUUUCUUGCUUUGUACUCUACAACCCAAUGUACUAAAGUCUCACAUAGAUAUAAUAUAUUCAUAUAUAUACAUAUACAUAGUGUAAAAUACGAUGUUUCUUAGAGAAGAAACCUUCAACUGUUGUAAAUAGAACUUCACUGUUUUUGCACUGAUUUUUUGUAUACCAUGGAUGGUCAGAAGGCAACCUGGAAUGCACUCAUUAAGGACAUUGUUACCUUCUGACUUAAAUGUGUAAUUCAGGAAGAUGAAGGUUGCAAUCAUAGAUUUUGAAAAUUGCACUUAAGAUAGUUUAAUACUGCUAGCAAAUGACUUUGAAUAUGGGUGUGGUAGAUUCUUGGCCUCCAGGGCAUGGAGUAAGAUGCCCUUUGUAUCUGUGGACAAUUAUUUUAAUACUGUUAUUUUCCAUUGCACUCAACUCUGUAUUAUAUAUGUAAAUAAUUCUGCAGUUGGGGGAAAAAGUUACUUCACUAGUAAUUUUCAUCAUUUAAGAGUGAUAUUUCUAAUUCACAAAAACAAUAUUAAAAUUAUCUUGAAUAUACUAUUUGUUAAAUUUUGACUCAAUUUUUGCUGAGUUGCUUGACUGGUAUGGAACCAUUUCAUCCUCGGUACCCUGGAUUCCUUGGAACCCUCUCCAUCAGUGUCAGAAUUGGGACAGUGGUUGGAAACGGGGAUUCCUGUGGGGGUGCUUGGUCCCUCCUCAUGGGCUCACCCCGCCUGAGGCACUGCAGGCAGAUGCACAUGCAUGCAGACUCUGGCUCCCCACCUCACUUUUUCUUACAGCUUAGAGUCCAUC